AUGGCCAUCGAGGAGACGUCGACUUCCCUCUUCUCCACCCUCACCUCCUUCUUCCUGCCCACGGCUCACGCCGAGGCACCUGAGGAGGAGGAGGUUGUUGAGGAGGUCGUGGAAGAGGAACCUGCCGAGGAGGAGGAGGAGGAGGAGGAAGAGGAGGAGGAGGACCCCGAGGACCUGGCACCUGCUAUCCGCGAUGACUGUGAGGCCAACGAGUGCCAGGACGCUGGGAAGCACUUCAAGCACUGCGCCGAGAAGGUCGAGGGCGGCAAGGGCUGGGAGGGCGAGGACUGUGUCGAGGAGCUCUUCCACGUCAUGCACUGUGUCGACGCCUGCGCCGCGCCCAAGCUCUUCAAGAAGCUCGCCUAA